CAUUGUGGACUACGACACUACGUCGGUCGUACGCCUCUGUUGUCGUUGUGCUGGACUCAUAGUGAGCUAGCUGGUUCAUUACUGUUGUUUAUCUUCACAGCUGAUUUCAAAACGUGUUGUUUUGUGACGACAUCGUUAACAUUUCCAAACGGUGUUUGUGAGGUAGUAACGCCGUCGCGCGUUUACGUGCAGUCGGUGUGUGAAGUGGAACCACUCGCCGUUAGCGCCGUUAGCGCCGUUAGCCCGGGAGGCUAACACGGCCCCACAAUGGAGGGCAGCGCCAGCGUCAGGGCAGCGCUCUGCGGGACGCUCGUCUCUGCCGCGGCCACAGCAGUGGCUCUCCGGCAGCAGCAACCCGAAGAGAAGGGGACGGGGAAGCCGAAGAGAGAGGUGCUCGACGAGGAGGAGUACAUCGAGAGUUUGGAGAAGAUCAUCCAGAGGGAUUUCUUCCCAGAUGUGACAAAAUUGCAAGCGCAGAAGGACUAUUUGGAAGCCGAGGAAACUGGAGACCUCGGGAGAAUGAGAGAGAUAUCCAUCCGAUAUGGAUCGUCUGUGACAAAAUGUACUCCACGAUCUUCUGCACCUUAUGUUACUCCAGCCAGCUUUGAGACACCAGUGGGCCACUCGGGGUCUCCCUCCUCCACUCGUGGCAAUAAAGCUUUAGAUGGAGAAGGCAAAGACGAUGAGGAGGAAAAAGAGCUUCCCUGUCUAGAUCGUUUCCUUGCUAAAAAUACCAGUGAGGAUAAUGCAUCAUUUGAACAGAUAAUGGAUCUGGCAAAAGACAAGGAGAAAGUGAGGCAUGCCUGGUUAUAUGAGGCGGAGGCUGAAUACAAACAGCGCCAUGAGGAGAACCUUGCUUUACCAUCAGUAGAGAAGGCAGCACUUGAAUGUGUCAAAGCUGGAUUGGAGACGUGGGAGUACAAAGCGAAGAAUGCCUUAAUGUAUUAUCCAGAGGGUGUUGAAGAUGAAGAUGCUCUCUUUAAGAAGCCAAGGGAGGUCGUUCACAAGAACACACGUUUUGUUGGAGACCCAUUCAGCAAAGCUCUCAACAAAAGCCAGAUUCAACAGGCGGCUGCUCUCAAUGCACAGUUCAAACAGGGUAAAGUCGGCCCUGAUGGGAAAGAACUCAUCCCACACGAAUCCCCUUCAGUGAAUGGAUUUGGCUUUGAGAGGACGCCUUCCCCUGCACCUGGUGUAUCUGACUCACCUCUAAUGACCUGGGGUGAGAUCGAGAGUACCCCCUUUCGUCUCGAUGGAUCAGACAGCCCUUUUGUUGAGAGGAAUCACGGUCCAUCAUUCAAGAUUCCAGAACCCGGACGACGAGAGAGGUUGGGCUUAAAGAUGGCUAAUGAAGCUGCAGCUAAAAACCGUGCAAAGAAACAUGAGGCAUUGCGAAAGGCCACGGAGAACCUUGCAAGUCUUACACCUAAAGGCCUGAGCCCAGCCCUCACCCCUGCUCUGCAGAGGCUCGUAAAUCGGACAUCCAGCAAAUACACUGACAAAGCACUAAGAGCAAGUUACACCCCAUCUCCCUCACACUCUGUCCCUGACUGCAAGUCUCCCUUUGGUGGCCCAUCUACUCCGUCAGGGACGCCGACGCCAAACAAAGCCAAGACACCGAGCUCUCAGGACGUGACAUCACUCACAGACAAUCUACUGCAACUUCCCAAGAGACGGAAAGCCUCAGACUUUUUCUGAGUAAGGAGCAGUGCCUCUGCCUGGGUUGUAUAAAACGUUUCUGUAAUGUGGAGAACUUUUAUUAGAAACUCCCCAGACAGAUUUUUAAUUCGAUCAAAGAGCACAUCUUUCAGCUGGAUAAAGUAAUUUAUAAGGAUUUAUUUGUCACAUGUUCGCGCAGAUUGGGUCAUGUAGAUCCCGGUGAAAUAUUGCUUCUAAAUUUCCUUCUAAAUUAUGUUUUUCUUAUUUUAAUUUUUUUUUAUUCAUAUACAUAUAUUUUUUUAACAUUUUGUUCUCUCCCUGCCACGUAAGCACUAGCACAUGCUUAACUGAGAUUUCCAAUAUAAUUAUAGUCCAAUAAUUACUUUGAAGAAUCACACAUACAAAUUAGAUUAAUACACAUCAAUACAAUAGCCUUUCACCCAGUUCAUGAUACAUUCAGCCAUGGUAUUUCAGUGUGUCUCUCUUCACCUCAUAUAUAAAUGCAUUUAAAUACUGUUCAGCAUUUGGGCUACUGUCAGAAAUUCUCCAACGUGUACUCAGUGUGUUUUGUGAAAUAUCUGAGGUUAACCCUAAGGCAAUUUUUGUCUGUUUGGGAAAUCAGCACACAACUAGGACUAGAGAGUCCAACUUCAUGGAUCUGUGUUUUCAAACUUAAAGUUUACCUUUCAUUUGACUUAAGGACUGCUUUUGCUUAAUAUACAUGUUAAUCCUUUUUAAGAAAAGGCAUUAGACUUUUUGCUGUAGGUUUGUCGCAAAAGCAGUGAAUGGGUAGGUUUGCAUUUUGUUGAGUCUGUCUCAAAACAGUACUUGUAUGUCCAUAGGUUCAUUGAAAGAACCGAUGGUCACUGAAUGGCAAUAAAGCUUAGUGCAACACCAGCAUAAGAGGUGGAGGACGGACUCUCCUCCUCUGCAAAAAAAAUUUCUCAAACCUCAGCGGAAGCAAAUAUGAAGCCUCAGCAGUCCUGAGUGAAGUGAGUAUCAUCUGACUGUAGAGGCUUUUUUUUUUUUUUGCACAAAAUUCCCCUUUUGUCUGUUUCCCCCAGAUGCUGUUUUCUGUCUGAUUAUUGUUUGGAUUAAAAACCCUAAUGUCCAACUCGGACUGAUAACGACUUCAUAUUAACUUCAGCUGAACUUUACCAAGCAAUUUUUUUUUUUACACAAGGAGUAACAAUGUACAUAUUGCUGUGAGAGAAUUGUUUUAAUGCAGACUUUGAUUUUUAAAAUAAAUGUAUGUGUAAGAA